AUGGCAACGGCUGUCCUAGAUUUUCCCUUGAAUCAUGAUGAUGAAGAACCCAAUCACAUUAUAUUUUGGCUGGACCAAGGUAUUGGCCUUCCCACAGAAUAUAUACAUUUGAAAAAGGCGUUCGGUAGUAACACUGAUCCGCGUCAUGAAACUUUCACUAUGCUCAACGAUAAAGAUUACGACGAUUUACUUGAUUCUAAAGAACCUGUUACCGUGCUAUUCGGAGGUGUACAAUUCCUUUUACAAGCAUUUGUCGACGAAAAUGCUUGCUUGGAAGCCUUUGAAGUAAAUCAAAACAAACGAAUCUUCUUUAUCACAUCUGGUUCGCUCGGUGAGAAGGCCGUUCCGAGAAUUAUUGAAAGCUACCGCAAUGUCUUUACCGAUCCUAUUACUAGUAAACCAUACCAUUCGGUCUAUAUUUUUUGUGGCAUUAUUGAUAAUCAUGUGGAUUGGGCAAUGGAAUAUUAUGAAUACAUUCAAAUGUUUGACUUCGACAGAGAUUUACUACAACGAAUGACACAUGAUAUUGCUGAUUACUUUUUUGAACGAGGUCGACGGAUACUCGAAGACACUGAACCAAAAGAUCCUCUUAAAUACUUAUAUUGGGCAAAGCGACUCUAUCAUCGAUUCGACAAGUUAGAAGCAGAUAUUGAUACAGAUAAUCCUCGACCAGUGAGACCGAGCAAAGACACACGAAAAAUUAUAGAUUUCAUCGAAAAAGUUGAAUCAGAGAAGUGUGCAAACAAUGUUGAAGAAAACGCUCCAACCAAUGAUGGUGGCGACGAUUCUGAUACGCCAUACGGUGAAUCAUCUGAUUACUGA